CGGGCUCCGCCCGUCGCUCCCAGCAGUGGUUCCGGCGCCGGGACGGGGCUGUCAUGGGCGUGCGGGGCCUAGCGGGGUUCGUGGAGGAGCGCGGGGCGUUCUGCGCCGAGCUGCGGGUGCGGGACACCAAGCUGGUCAUCGACGGGAGCAGCCUCUACCACCAGCUCUGCUUCGCCUCCGCCGACGACUCCCGCCGCGGCGGCGAAUACGGCCUCUUCUCGGCGACCGUGCGCGACUUCUUCGGCAGCCUGCGCGCUUGCCGCGUCUCCCCCUUCGUGGUGCUGGACGGCGGCCGCGGCGCCGACGACCGCAAGCUGCCGGCGCUGCAGGAGCGCGCUGCGGAGCGGCUGCGGGCGGCCCACGGGCUCUCCCGCGGCGAGGGCGGGUGCGUGGUGCCGCUGCUGACCCGCGAGGCCUUCGUGCAGGCGCUGUGCCGGCUCGACGUGCCCUUCGUGCAGUGCUUCGCAGAGGCCGACCGGGAGAUCGCGGGCCUGGCCAACCGCUGGGGCUGCCCCGUCCUCUCCCUCGAUAGCGACUUCUGCGUCUUCGAGCUGGCGGGCGGCUACUGCCCUCUCACGCACUUCCAGUGGCGGAGCGUGUGCGGAGGAGACGGGCCGCGGGGCCGCUACGUCCCCGCUCGCUGCUUUUCCGUGGAUAAGUUCUGCGGGCACUUCGGCGCGCUCAAGAAAAGCCUGCUCCCGCUGUUCGCCGUCAUGUGCGGGAACGACUACAUCGAGCUGGCAGCCCUCGAGGCGUUCCUCAGCGCGGUGAGGUCGCGGAGGGGCGGCAGGAAGCACGCCCGCCUUCGGGGGCUGCUGAGCUGGCUCUCCCAGUUCACCGAGCCCGCCGAGGCUGUGGACGGUGUGCUGAAGUACGUUAAGAAGCACCAAAGAGAAGAAGUACGGGACCUUCUGUGCGCCUCGAUGGAGGACUAUACCCCAUCUGAUGUGAAUCUUGAGGACUUCUUUCGGAGCAGCAGAUACGAAUGCGAGGCUGCCAGGGAAGUGGGCUUGCCACAGUGGGUGCUCGACGCUUUGGCAAAAGGUAAGCUGGCCCCGUUCAUCAUCAAUGCCCUGAUACUGAGAAGCACUUUCCUCCGUGUUCAGGUGGAGAACAUGCAGAGACCUAGCGCACAUAGCACAGCUUUGCCCAUUCGACAAGUGAUCUAUGGACUGCUUCUGAAAGCAUCUCAAAAUACUGAAGCUGCUUCUCGAAGCAAGCAGGCCAACGGGCUGCCAGUUUUCUGUGAAUUCAGCAGGCUCCAAAAGACACUUAAAAAAAACUUUGUUCAAGCAGGAAGCCUACCCACAGAUUUUUGUGAUGAUAGUUUUUCUUUGGAGAAGUUAGUGGAGGUGCCCAUGUCACGCCGUCAGAUGCUUUUGCUGGAGACUCUAGGAGUGAAAAUGAGUUUCCUGGAACCUAUCCCUAGUCACUUACAACUUCCUGUUGCUGUAACGUGUUACUGGAUAUGUUGUUCAGAACCAAAAGUUAAGUUGCAUCAACUAAAGGCUUUACUUCUAAUGAUAGUAUCUGGAGAACUGCACAGGAUAACAAAUGAUCCAGAUGCCACAGGUUUAUGUGCUGCAGAUGAUGUUGUUGCAUAUAAUGAAUUUCUAAAAUGGAAGGAAAAGAAAGUGGAAAAGAAAGACUUUGAUUUAGAUGCUGCACACAGUUUUUGCCAGUGGCAGUGCUGUCUUCAGAUGGGAUUGUAUCUCAACCAGCUACUUGGCACUCCUCUCCCUGAGCCAGACCUAAGCAGGCUUUACACUGGGACCCUUGUGCACGGACUGUUUCAAGAGCUUAAAUCCACACCUUCAGUGGAAAAUCUGUUUAGUUCAUCUUCAAAAAUGACUCAGCUUUAUCAGGACUUGUUAAAUACAGUGGAGUCAACUUUAUCUCCAGGCUUCUUUCAGAAGAUUAAGGUUUCCAAGACCAAAUCUGAGUCCUGCAAAAAGAAGAAAGCAUCUAGUAAGGAAAAAAAGGCCAUCAGGUGUGCUAUACCAGAAGCUCAGCACUUAUGCAGCGUUAAUAGGUUUGCAGCACUUGAAGUGGAUGACUGAAAGCAUUAUUCCUGGACUUUUAGUGCCAUGCAGAUGAAAGAAAUUCUAUGAAAACAGGUGACUGUAUUGGAAUUUGCGUGGCUGUUCUCACACAAGUUCCUGAUUCAGUCUUUCCCAACAAUUCUUGCUUUGGGAAUUUUAUUUACUUUUUUGUAACUAACACAAAAGAUGUGCCAUAUGAAAGUUCUGGUUUGCUUUUUAAAGGCAUCAGUCUGAAUGAAA